UAGUGUGUGGAAACAAGAGGUUUUGUCCAUGUCUGUGUAUAAAACAAAGCUCUUGUAUUGUACUAGUAACUAGCUUCAAUUAUACUUUGUGUGCAAUCUUUUCAUGUGUAUCACAAAAGAAAAAUGGAGAUGUCGUCGAUGGAACAAAAGAAAGCUACCGAACUGGUUGAAAGGAAAAAGGGUGGUUACAGAACCAUUCCCUUUAUCAUAGCAAACGAGACCUUUGAAAAGGUUGCAAAUGUGGGACUCCAUGUGAACAUGAUUUUGUACCUGCUACAAGAGUAUCAUUUUGACCCUGCAACAGGAGCUAUUAUAAUAUUCCUGUGGAACGCCUUGUCCAAUUUUUUUCCCAUCUUUGGUGCUUUUCUUUCUGAUUCUUGGCUUGGACGAUUUCGUGUUAUUGCUCUCGGAAUAGUCAUCGACCUUGUUGGCUUAGUUGUGUUGUGGCUCACUGCUAUUUUUAGGCAUGCAAGACCUCAAUGUGAUGUAGAACCUUGUGCGAAUCCUACAACACUGCAACUCCUGUUUCUUUUCUCUUCCCUUGCUCUCAUGGCUCUUGGAGCUGGUGGCAUUAGGCCAUGUACCUUAGCCUUUACUGCUGAUCAAAUCAACAACCCUGAAAACCCACAUAAUGAGAGGACCAUGAAGAGCUUAUUCAAUUGGUACUAUGCUUCGGUUGGCAUUUCAGUAACUGUUUCAAUGACAUUUAUAGUGUACAUUCAAGUUAAAGCAGGGUGGGUUGUGGGUUUUGGUAUCCCUGUGGUGCUUAUGACAUUUUCUGCUAUCAUGUUUUUCUUGGGUUCUUGCUUAUAUAAGAAAGUGAAGCCAAACAAGAGCUUGCUCACUAGCUUAGCUCAAGUGAUUGUAGCAGCUUGGAAAAACAGACACUUACCCAUCUCUCCCAAGAACUCUGACAUUUGGUAUUUCCAUAAUGGCUCUAACCUUGUUCAACCUACAGGGAAAGCAAGGUUCUUGAACAAGGCUUGCAUGAUGAAGAAUAGAGAGAAAGAUUUGGACAGUGGUGAGAUGCCAAUUGACCCAUGGAGUCUGUGUACAGUAAGACAAGUGGAGGAGUUAAAAGCCAUAAUUAAAGUCCUUCCCAUUUGGUCCACCGGCAUCAUACUUGCUACUAGCAUAAGCCAACAAUCAUUUUCUAUUGUCCAAGCUCAAACCAUGAACAGAGUGGUGUUCCAUAUGACCAUCCCACCCACCAAUUUCGCUGCAUUCAUAAUCCUCACUUUGACCAUAUGGGUGGUUGUGUAUGAUCGCAUUCUAGUUCCCUUAUUUCCUAAGGAGCGAGUACUCACCGUUAAGCAACGAAUGGGAAUUGGGCUAUUGAUCUCAUGCCUGGCCACUCUAGUAGCAGCAUUGGUAGAAAGGAAGAGAAGAAAUGAAGCAAUAAAGGAAGGGUUUAUAGAUAACCCCAAAGGAGUGGUGAACAUGUCAGCUAUGUGGUUAGUGCCCCAGUACUGCUUGUAUGGUUUAGCUGAGGGUUUGAAUAUCAUCGGACAAAUAGAGUUCUAUUACUCUCAAUUUCCUAAGACAAUGUCAAGCAUUGCUGUUUCUCUAUGUGCCCUUGGUAUUGGGAUGGGAAACGUCUUGGGAAGCCUUAUUGUCAAGGUUGUGAAAGAUGGGACCAAGAGAGGAGGAGAAGCUAGUUGGUUAGCAUCAAAUAUCAAUAGAGGGCACUAUGAUUACUACUAUGCCCUCCUUUUCAUUCUGAAUUUGGUUAAUUUGUUAUGCUUCUUCAUAUGGAGUCGGAUUUAUGGGAGUACUCGUGAUAUAAAAAAUUGGGAGGAAGAGGUUGACACGAGAGUAUUAGAGAAAGAGUUGGACACAAAAUGAAGGGGGAAAAAGAAUUAAGAGAAACUAAUGGAUUAUCUUGUAUAUUUUGCCAGUACUUAGGAACCGUGAAAUACAUGAGUAUUUAGAUUAUUUAAAUA